AACUGUUACGAUCGUACCAUAAACGAAUACUGGUACUUUCAAUAAUUUAAUUUUUAUCGAUUCGAUAAUUUUGUUCCAUGAAAAAAUCUAGCAUGGUUUGGAAGCAACAGUGCUACACCCCCUUCCACUAUGUUGGACUAUUACUAUUAUGUUAUUAAUCCACCCUGCAUCCCUGUGACGCCAAACCUUAUGUAAGACCGUGCACUGACGCUUAAUAAUUUGUAUUUGUUUUGUGAAUAUUUUUGUUGCAUCUUUAAUGUUUAAGUAAAAAAAAUGUAGAUGAUUAUAUCUAAUCGUUUAUAGUAUGUCUUUUCAUGUAUAAUUUUACAUAAAGUUUGAACAUUACUAGUUUGUGCUACAUACCGUUUUUUUUUUCUUUAAACUCGUUGCACUUAUAUAAGUAUAAUCUGUACUUAAUAUAAAAAUCUGAAGCCCUGACUUAGAAGAUUCAAGGUAUUUAUGCCAUUUAAUGAUAUUAAGUUCGUAGUUUUCGAUAAUACCACUUUUUGAGCUGUUUUCUGGUUAGGUAUUUGAAUAUUUAAGAUUAGGCACCAAAAUCUACUAUCAUUGAGUACCUCAUAUUAUUGGAAGUCGUUUUAUGAUCAAAUAUGGAUAACAGGUAAUGAGUGAAAUAGAUUUGAAAAUGCUUAGGUGAGGAAUUAGAGUUACGAGAGAAGAAAGCCCAUAGAGCGAGUACAGAAGAGGUGGCAUUAAUAGUGAUCUAAAUGAGAAAAAUAGACUCAUAAAUAUAAUAUGGUACAUUACAAAUUUCUUUAUUAAUUAUUUACUUUAAUAUUAUACUGACGAUAGAUAAGGUAUAACUAAAUGUUGAUUUAAAAAAAAAAUUGUAAUAUAUAUACGCGAUAAAUUGAUAAACAAUAUUUAUUAUUUUGUAAUUAGUGGAUAAUAACUAAACCUUCUUUAUAUUAAUUAUGAUUAAUUUUUAAAGAUAACAUAAUGUUUAAAGUUUAAAAUCUGCUUUCUUUUAUUUUACCAACUUUUGUUCAACUUAUGGAAUCAAGUCCUGAGGGUAAUUAUAAUUUAAAUGUGUUGCAGUAAGUUAAGUAUGAAAUCAGUGAAUAUGAUAAAUUCACUUUUUUAUUGAUAUAUAACCAUAAAUAAACCCUUUUUUUUUAUUUUAUCACUUUUAUAUUAUAGAUAACAAUAUUAUGUGAUGAAUUGACGUAUAUUCCCAUAGAACCUUCUAAACGUUGUAGAUCAAAGUGGAAAAGAUAAAAAUGUAAUUCUUAUCAUGAUGUAUAAAAUAGAAUGAACCUACAUCAGGUAACUAUGUAGGUUACUCUGUACUGACAACAGUAUUAAAUAAUAUACAAUUGGUUACUGUUUUAAUUUGUCAAGCUCAGUGAAAAAAAGGAAAGAAGUAUAAUACAGCAGCUGUCUAUCAUAGUUAUAUAAGUAAUAAAAUAAUAAUACGUUAAGUGUUAAUAAGUACAAAUAUGAUAAACAAUUUAUAAAAUUAAUAAUAAUUUUUUUUAAUGCGUUGAACAAAGCUGUAACAUCAACAACAAAGCAGUAAGCACAAGUUUCUAAUUUCAAAUUCACAAAGAAUUUCCCAAGCUGGUUCACAUCUAGGGGUAGAUUUUUGAAUUUUAUAUUAGUGUACCAAUUAUAUUAGUACACUAAAACAUCACAUAUUAAUUCAACUAUUAGUGCAAGAUUUAUAAACUGCAUUUUUGAAUAAUUGUAGAUUUUUUAUUAGUGUACUAAAAUUCUAGACCAAACCAUUGUUAAUUAUUUUUAAAUUAUUUAUUAAACUAUAAAAACAUGGAACAUUUGUUAAACUUAAAUUACUUUCAAGUUAUAAAUAAUUUAGAAAUUAUGGAGAAAUUGUUUAUUAAGCAACAAUACCAACAUUAGAUUUAUUGAUUUUUUUUAAAAAACAACAACAAUAACAUGAGAUAUAAUCAAAUAGGAUGUAGAGGGAACAAUCUCCAUCCUGGGACCCUUUACAAUUAAAACAUCUAUGUACUUAUCAAAGGCUGGUGAGUGAGGAGGGAUAAAUAAAUACCUAUUAUAAUUUAUUUAGGUAAAUGAUUUGUAUAAGCCAAAGUUAUAUCAAUUAGGUAUUACAUGACAUAAUUUAAAAAUAUUAAAAAUUUGUAAUGUAUACCAAGUACUUACGAGGUGAAAGUCGGAUGGACAUCGUUUGGAAGUUAUGAGGGAAAACCUUAUGAAGUUCAGGUUUUCUGUUUCGAGUAUUUCUUAGAGAGAAUUUAUCAUUUUCAAAUGUGUGAUUUUUAAUGCUUAAUCCGUUGGUAUAAUCAAAACGUACCUAUCAUGCUCACUUUUAUAGAUAUUGUAUAUUAACCUUAAAAAAUGGCAAUUCAAAAUAUGGUCAUUUUUAUUGUUAUUAUGAUUUGUAUUUAUUGAUCAUAAUUUUAAAAUACAUACAUUGUUCUAACACUAGUGUUUAAAGACUAUUCAUUUUUUUAUUUUUAAUAGGUACCUUGGAAAAAUAAUAUAUAAUAAAAUAUUAAUAUUUAUUAGUAUUGAUAUUGUUAGAAUAAUGAGAACUUUUGUAUGUUAUGUUUUUUUAGAUCAAUACAACAAGACGACUUCAAGAAUUGAAUAAAUUAUGUUUAGUUUGAUAAAGUUAUCAUAUUUUGCAUGCAAUGAUGAAGAAAAAGAGUGGUACAACACUGUACCAAAAUUUAUAAAGAAAGUCUAUUUGCGUCCCUGUUGUCGUUUUCUAUUGGGUACAACCACAGAGAGAGAAAAAAACAGUAUACUAGAUUUGUCAAUUUGUGCCAGUGCCGCAGAACACGGACACUUAGAUUGUUUAAUGUAUGCCCGCCACUUAGGAUUAGAAUGGGACAUUAGCAUAUGCAAUUUGGCAGCACAAAAUGAUCAUCUUGACAUAUUAAAAUAUGCUCAUGAACAGGGUUGUGCAUGGGAUUUAAACACAUGCAAAUAUGCUGCUGCGCGUGGACAUAUUAACACACUUAAGUAUGCGCAUGAACAUGGUUGUCCCUGGGACGAGGGAACAUGUGAAGCGGCAUCUGCAUUUGGACAAAUUAACACUUUAAAGUAUGCCCAUGAACAAGGUUGUCCAUGGAGUAUUGAUACAUGCAAAAUAGCAUCUGCUAAUGGACAAUUAAAUACUUUAAAAUAUGCUCAUGAAAACGGAUGUCCAUGGGACAAGGGUAUUUGUGAAAUGGCUGCUGUUUCUGGGCAUAUUAAUACACUGCGAUAUGCUCAUGAGAAUGGAUGUGAAUGGUCUGCAAGUACAACUGAAUUGGCUAUCUUAUCUGGUAAACUGGGGACUUUGCGGUAUGCAUUUGAAAAUGGUUGCCCUUGGAAUUUAGAUGCAGCAACACUGAGUUACCUAUCCGCCAUACAUCCUGAAAUAUAUACAUAUGCUCUUGCAAAUCUUAAUAAAUAAUAUGGACAUGUAUACAAUAUCUUGUCAUUUUGUAAAAUAUAUUUAUUUUUUUUUAAUGUAAGGUUGAUGUAAACACAUAUAGCCAUAAGAAGUUUUUCUACUCAUAUUUAAUUUUAUUUAUAAUUAUUGGAAAAAAAUAAGAACUUAAUGAUAAAUACAUAUUAAGUGUACCUAUACUUAGCUUGAAAUCAAGUUUUCAUUUUUUAGUUUAAUUUUUUAUUAUUCCAUGUAAGUAGUGAUAAUUUUUUUUAACUCCGAUGCAAAAUGUAUUAUAGUUAAGAUUAAAGAUUAUUUUAAAAUUAAAAUGUGUAAUUUAAUAUUUGUGUAUGUAGAUAACUAUUAUUUUGUGUUUAUUACGUGUAGUUGAUGACAAAGAACUCUGUAGGUUACACAUUGUAAGAAUGCCCUAAAGAGUGUGGUACUAUCAUAAGUAAUAACCAUUUGGUAAGUUACCAUUUUAUUUAUUUAUCAUAGGAAAUAACAAAGUAUAUAUUUCUCUAACAAUAUAGUUGUAACACAAAAUGAAAAUAAAAAAUUAAUUAAUAAAUGAUGAAUUUUAAAUUUGAUUCGAAACUGGUCAAAUAAUACACUAAUCAUAAUACUCCAGGCAAUGCUUUAUACAUUUAUUUUUAUAUAUACCAUUUAUUUAUAAGUAUUAACCAUAUUAAUGAUUUUGUUUUGGUCCAGUGGUCAGCAUAUUUGAUAUGCCUGAUUUACAUAAUGACUUGACAAAUAAUAUGCAAGUAGUUUUAAACUAGUGAUAAUUGGUUUAAGCUCUAAUACUUGGUUUAUUACUAUGUUAUAAGGAAUAUUUUGAAGUACUACGAGAAAAUUUUAAAAAUGUAUUAAGUCAUACUAGGGUAUAAAAUAGGUAGUUGAGAUUGCUGUUAUAAUAUGUUAGUGGUUGGGUAUACAUUAUUAUUAUAAUUAUUAUUACAAUUAAUUAUUAUCUUGUGAUCAUCGAGAUAGAUAAACAAAUAUCUAUUUCGAUUCUGAAACGGGAAGAAAUGUCUGGAGGCAAAAAGUCUGAGCUUAUUUUUACAUUCUACGAUAAUAAUAAAUUAAAAUAAGUUACGUUUUGAAAAAUAGUCAAUAUAAAUAAUAUCCAUCAAUCUCCAAUUAUAACAGUAACUAUCGUGUAUUUCAAGUUGGCAGGUACUGAUAAAAACCGUUCUUUUUUUUUACUGUCUGGUAUAGUAGUUCACUAGUCGUAAUUGUGAUAAUCAAAUAAUAAAAACUAUGAAAACUCAUUGUUCCAAAUUUAUUUUACCUUUAAUCAUAAAAUGUAAAUGAAUAGUAAGAUUAAUCGAUAAAUUAUAGAUUUAUACAUAUAUAUAUAUAAAAAAUAACACGAACUAAGAUAUACUAAGUAACUUAGUGAUAUAAUAGUUUAUGGAUUAUCUAUAAACAAAUGAACAGUAGGGAGGGGGGGGGCUAUAAAACAGCCAAACGUAUUUCAGCCGAAUCACUCGAAACUUUACUAUUUAUCAACUUAUAAAUUUCUUAUUGUUUUUAGUCAGAAAACUUGAACAAAAAUUUUGAAAGAACCUAUUAUUAUAAUUCUGAUACAAUUGUGAAUAUUUUCUAUGAAAAAAUAUAUAUUAUUUAAAUAAGUAGUAAUAAAAGCACUUAAGAGGAAAAAAAUAGGAAAAAGUACAAUUUCAUUACUUUAUAAAAACAUGGACGUGUAUUUACUAAAAAAAAUGAUUUAAUCGAAAAACACAUCAAUGCUGUUAUUUAAAAUAUUUUUGACUUCUUUAUGAGAUAUUCCAGUAGAAAAAUUAGUUUUAUCCAAAGUAUAUCAUAGAAUUUUAAAUUUUUUAAACAAUGGAAUAUCUGGUUCAGAAUAGAACUUACUUUUCAAAUUGUCAAAAUAGACAAAAUGAUUGGGAAAGUUCAAUUUUAAAAGUGGUGAGGAAAUAAUAAAGAACCUAUAAGUAGUAAAUAAUGCAGCAGAAAGAGAAGUAACACUAAUUGAAAAAUUUGAUCAAAAAAUAAUAGAAGGAGAAAAACAGAUGCAACUUCUAUUACAAAUAAAUAUAUCUAAAUUAAUUAAUUUUAUUAAAUUCCAUAACUUUAUGUUAUUUUUAUGUAUCAGACCAUAUAAGAUUAUUAUCAAAAAUUAUCCAAUACCAACAUUAAACAUACUUAAAAAACCAUUUUAAUAAAUUUAAUUAAGUUUAAAUGUUUUUAACAUUAUUUCUUUUCCUAUUAUAAAACAAAUAAAAUAAUUACACAAUUUAUAUUUUUUUUUUUUUUAUAAAUUUGAAAAUUGAUUUUUAUUAAUUUUACAAAAAAGGAUUAAUAUUUUGAACAUUUUUCUUGAUUUCAAAAGAAAGAAUUGAAAUAAUGAAAAAUAUUACUUAAAUACUUAUUUGUAAAUAACUACUAGGUCUACAAUAAUGAUUCUAUACGAUUUUUUCAUUAAUUUAAAAAUUACAAUUUUAUCCAUUUUCUUAGAACUUUGAGCUUUGGUUGGUAUGUGUGAAAUAUGGUCAACCAAGCUUAAAAUUUAGGAGACUUAUCUUUAAAUGUAUUAAAACAAAUUCCCAGUGGGUACUACUUACAUUUGACAACUUAGGAAAUAACUGGCACCCUAAAUUAUAUAUAUUCAUGUACAUACUAUCUACACAAUAAUUUAAAUCUAUAGUAUGAAAAAUUAAGAUUUAAGUUUACUUUACCAGGCACCCUUUGUUUUUCAAUUUUCUUUUUUUGAAAACAAGUGUUUUUUGAUACUGAUUUCAGAAGCCGUAGGCACUGUGGUAUCCAAUUUGAUAAUGUCCAAUGCUCAAUAAAUGUAUGUACUUUUUUUUGUUAAAAAAUCCCAUCUAAUUUCUAUAAGUGAUUUAAAAAUUUUUAUUUUGCCCUGCGGCUCACCUAGAUUAAUUUUUUUCACUGUUCAUUAAAUAUGAUUUGCAUAACAAAUCGACGGUUAUUUUCGAUUAAAAGAGUGGAGGCUGGAUUUCCAGAUGCUCCCAAAAUGCUUUUUCACUGUAAAAAAUGCAAAAAUUUAACUGCAUAUUAGACAGUAUAGAAUUUGAUAGUUCAUAAGGCUAUGCGCCAUAGUCAACUCUAAAUGAAUGAUGGUAGAAUAAAUAGGUAUUUAAGCUAAAACCAUAUAAACAACAAACUUCAAACUUCCAUAAAUUUCCACAAACAGUUCCAAAAUCAGCAUUUAAAAACAUGUAUACAAAAAUAAAAUUUAAAAUAAAGGGCGUUCAGUAAAAUGAACUUGUUCAAAAAUUAAUAAAUGUACUUAAAUUUUUACAACAUACAAUAAUAAUAAUAAUAAAAAAAAAAAUUGGAAAAACUAAACUCUAUUUCACUACUCCAAAGGUAUAUAUUGAAAUUGGAUGUUGGUAAAAUAUUCAUUAGACCGCGAUACAAUAAACCUAAAAAACAAAAUAA